AUGAAGCUGGUGCAUUCUUCUUUCCAAAAGGACAAGAGCGGGUCUGUGAGUCUUGUUCCCCAGGACUGUGAGGAUCUGUGGACACUAUACAAUCUGAUUGCAAAGGAUGACGAGGUGCGGCUGAAAACUCAUAGAAAUAUCAAAAAGUCUCCAUCUGACAAACCAGUGCGCAAGCUUAUUACUCUCUCGCUCAGUGUGGAGAGUGUUGACUUUACACCCAGCGAUGAGGUGAUGCGGAUCAAAGGACGCACCGUGGAGCAGCACGAAGACGUUCCACAGGGCUCUUACCACACUGCAGAGUUGGAGUUCAAUCAAAAGUUCACGCUCUAUAAAAACGACUGGGACGACAUCUCUCUGGACUUGGUCAACAAAUCGUGCUCGAUAGAGGCCAAAGCUGAGAUUGGCGCAGUGGUAUUACAGGAAGGCGUUGCCCAUUUGUGCCUGAUCACAGAGAACAUGACGAUUCUAAGGUCCAAGAUCGACAAGUCGAUACCCAAGAAGAAGCGAGGAGACUCGAGCUCCCACGACAAGGCUCUAAACAAAUUCAUGGAAACAGUGGCCGAAUCAGUGAUCCGCAACUUCAACACCGACAAGUUGAAGGCCAUCUUGCUUGUUUCUCCGGGUUUCAGCGCCCGUCAGUUGUAUGAUAAAAUAUUCAGCAUCGCCGUGAGCAACCAGGACAAGUCCCUCAUUCAGUCAAAAUCUAAGUUUGUUGUGGCUCACUCGUCCACAGGGUACCUACAGGGACUCGAAGAAGCACUGAAAUCACCAGAGCUCCAAAAACAGCUUUCCGACACCAAGUUUCAGCACAGUGUGAUGCUGUUUGACGAGUUUAGUAAGCUGCUGAACGAGGACGAGGGGAAGGCGUGGUAUGGAGAGGCAGAGGUGACAAAAGCAAUAGAGCUGCAAGGAGCAGUCCGCACGCUGAUGAUCACAGACACAUUAUUCAAAAGUGAUGACAUUGCACAGCGCAAGAAAUACAUCCAUAUGACGGAACAGGUAAAAGAGCAUGGCGGGGAGGUUGUCAUUUUCUCCAGUUUGCACGACAGUGGCGAGCAGUUAAACCAGCUGACCGGAAUAGCGGUGAUCCUUAACUAUCCUGUGCCGAACCUGGAUGACGAAGAAGACUCGACAGUCUGCUGAUUGAAUCUUUCGUGCAAUUUUUUGGGCUCGAUCGCAAACACUCCAUUUAUAUACCACACGUAACCCCCACGUAAGAAAGCCACUGCGUCUUGGGCCACGCCGAGCACUACUCCGUAUUUUCCACCUUUUCGAAUGUACUGUUUGGCCUGCACAGGCUUCAUGCCUAAAGCCCAGGCGUAGAAAAACCCGGUCAAUGUGGUCGCAGCCAUGGUAUUGCAGAAAUCCUUCAGCUGGCGUACCUCGUCGAGUAGCGCCUCUGUUCCAAACAUGACGGCAGUGAACAGUCCAAUCUUGCCGGCUGUCUUGGCUCCAAGCACAAACGACUGCGCAAAACAGUAGUACCCCUUCCGUUUGUGAUACAUAAACCAGCCGUUUUUGUUUGUCGGCAGCCGAUGUGAAUUGCUAGCCAGAAACCGGAGACCUGCCUCUCUGUACCCAAACACCAUUCCCGACAGCCCGCCCAUCAGGGCUGCCGAACAAACAAGCAACGGCACGCGAAUUCCAGGCGGCAGGCCUAAUCGCUCGUUCUGGGACGACCCAAUGACCUCUGCCACCGCGUCGCGUACCGAAAGGUUGUCGAUCUCUUCUGUGGUGGAAG